AGGAAGUGCAUUCCUGGCAGGCAGGUCUUUAACGGUCUGAGUGACCUGGGGUCCACUAACUUGCUUUCUGAAGGAUUCUGGUAGCUGUAUUUCCAUGGAAUUGGAAUUUAUUUUUCUUGACUUAACGUGUUCUGAGAAAGGGUCCAUGGGCUUCACUAGAAUGUCUGCCCACAGAGAGGGAGGGGCUCCUGGUCUGGAGGGAGCCACAGCAGGUUCUGGGGAAAGUAGUGGUGAUUAGAGGUUUGGAGGUUAUUUUGGUGCUGAAAGGAGCUGAUGCAAUAGCCAGGAUGGAAGCUGACCCGGGGUAGUGAUGAAGGAAAAGGAGGGGCCUGGAACCCAGAGGGCUAGCCUGGACUCAGCCCUGCUCCCCAGGUGCAGCCUGGGUAACUCUCCCAGGAUGUGUCACCUGCCAGGGGCUGAUUUGCAUCAACAGGAGUUUCUGCUCUGGGACUUUCCCAGACUGAUGAAAUUACAGGUUCAGAACUCAAAAAGGAAUUAGUCACGGCAAAUGAGAGGUGGACUUGGCAGGGGCUGGAAACUUGGAGGGAACAGAAUCAUGGGAAAGGGUGUGAGGGGAAAGAUGGCCGAUUCCAGCUUGUAACCUGUGGGGAGGCUCUGCUUCCUCCUGAACCGGCUGGUCCCUCUUGAGGGUCCCUCGAAAGCCCUGAGUGUCCUGAUUAGGGAGGCUGCAUACAGGAGGUGCUCAAUGAGCAGGCCUUAAAGGAGGCCAGGGGCCCGGAUCAUGGACCUCUCCCAGCUCUGCGCUUUCUGCUGGCUGCUGAUGCUGGCCGGCGCGGGGGCAUCGGACCCAGCCAGGACCAACCCGCCUCCGAGCUUGGAGAUCUACAAGAAGCUGUUCGCGGUGAAACGCAAGGACCAGAUGAAGGCCCUGAAGAACCUCGUCGAGCUGAACGACGUCCACCAGCAGUACAAGAUCAUCGACGUCAUGCUCAAAGGCCUCUUCAAGGUGCUGGAGGACUCCCGGGCCGCCCUGGUGGCAGCCGACGUCUUCCCAGAUGGGCCCUUCCCGGAGGACGAGAAGCUGAAGGACGCCUUCUCUCACGUGGUGGAGAACACGGCCUUCUUCGGCGAUGUCGCGCUGCGCUUCCCCAAGAUCGUGCAUCACUACUUUGACCGGAAUUCCAACUGGAACCACCUGAUCCGCUGGGGCAUCAGCUUCUGCAACCAAACGGGCAUCUUCGACCAGGGCACCUACUCCCAGCUUCUCAGCCUGAUGGCUCAGGAGCUGGGGAUUGGGGAGAGGUCCCCGGAUUAUAGGAAUCCCUUUACAACAGACCACUCAGAGACCUUCUCUGCUACGGACACCUUCCAGAAGGCCCUGAAGGACGAGGAGCGGCGCCGGAAGAAGGAGGAGAAGAGGAAGGAAAUCCGGAAGGGCCCCCGAAUCUCUCGCUCUCAGACGGAGUUAUAGCCCCCUGCUUGCGCCCAGGCUGGCGGGCCGGGCUUCCCGAGGAGGAGGCAGUGGGGCUGAAGGACGGGCUGCCUUGCCUCCCUCAGUGGAUGGAGGAUCUCCUGGCCCACCGGGGGGCCGGCAGCUGAGACCGAGAGCCCUCAUCCCAAAGCGAGGACCACGGUCCCUGUGGGACUAAGGACUCCCCAGCAGAAGGGGCCCAGGCUGCUCCUUUUAAGCCCGGAACCUUAAUAAGCCCAUUUUCUCCCUGGAGAAUCGCUUGCUCUGCCAACCAAAGAAGUGGGCGGGCAUCCUAGACUGAAGUGAUCCAGGCUGGAGCCUCAGCCUGGCAUCCCCUCGCCAAGAGAGCCACAUCAGGGGCACCUGCCGGGCUCCCCCGCACAACCCGCCUUGCCAAAUGAGCCCGUUUUUGCAAAGACACAAUAAAUUCAGCGAGUUUUUUGGAUACA